AUGGCGCGCGACCAACCGAUUCUGAUUGAGAACGUUUCAGGUUCGCUUGAUCAUGAGAGUGAAAACAAUAUUAAUGGAAAUGCUUUAUUUCGCUGGCAAAGUGAUGUUAACGAUCCUCGUACAUUCGUAGACUUUCAAGUGUCAACACUGGAUCCAAUUUUGCAGAUGAGAUCGAGCUCUUAUUAUCCUAAAUAUGGAUUUGGGGCUUUUGGAGUGUUCCCUUUCCUAAUGACGAAAAGCAAAUUCUACAGAGAAUCCUCUCAAGAUUAUGGCCUUAUGGGGUUGAGAUAUUGUUCUAAAGAUGUAUCCCUCGGAGUCACAUUUAUGCCUUUUGCCAGGAAAAAUGAAUUACCAAAAAGUGCAUGGCUGGUAAGCAGGAUGGGAAGGUUAAUUGCCGGGGUGCAGUAUGAGCCACAAGCCACUAGAGAUCAUGCUGACAGUGAAAUGCAAUAUGGAUUAGGCAUCCAAAUUGAUAGUCAAAGAGAAGCCAGCAAGGCUUGUACACGUGCUGGGAAGCGACCUAUGCUAAAAUCUGACAUAGAUGCUGAACAUUUUGAUGGUUUACCCAGAGAAUUGAGACCUUUUGAUAGAAUUUUGUAA